GCUUUUAUUACUUCAGACAAACUCACCGACACCGCAGGCUGACUGACUGGCUUCCUGUUUGAGCCUCCCGUGGACACUGGUGAAUCGGCGAUCGGCGACGGACAGUCUAAAAAAUAAAAUACAAAAUGACGAGUCUAGACCCGCUGAAAUCAGCCAUUUCCAUCCAUAAUGUGGACGACACGUCUCUGGCUCUGCCGUCGGUGAAUCAGUUCAAUUCAGGACAACAGCGCGUCCUGGAACAAGUGCAAACUCUCCAGAGGACCAAGAGAAAUUCCAGCAACAGGAGCGGGGGAUCUACUUCUUUGUCUCCAACAAGCCCUGUGUAUGACACUGUGUUUGUGGACGGCUCCAGGACGAGUGCAGCUAAUGGCGGUGUCUUCUUUGGGAAUGGAUAUUCUAAAGCUCUCUCUCUGGAGAAGAACAUCAACCGUCAGGUCGUCAACAACCAAACAAGAUCCACUUUGAAGAAGAACACUGCAGCUUCUAACUAUCACUAUGACAAGAGCUUAGGUGCAGGGAAAAACACUACCAGCCGCAGCGAGCCAGAUCUGGCCUGGCAGCGCUCUAUGCCAAAACGCUCUGGGGCUUCACAGAUACUCCUCUCAAACAUGAGCACGAGGAGGAUCGAAAGGUCCGUAAGUCAGUUUACAAAGGGCUCCACAUCACAGUCCCAGCUUCAGCCUCAGAUUCAGUCUCAUAGCCAGGCUCAGAUUCAGACCCAUUACCAGCCUCAGAUUCAGUCUCAUAGCCAGGCUCAGAUUCAGACCCAUUACCAGCCUCAGAUUCAGUCUCAUAGCCAGGCUCAGAUUCAGACCCAUUACCAGCCUCAGAUGCAGACUCAUAGCCAGCCUCGGUUUCAGUCUCAUAGCCAGUCUCAGAUUCAGUCUCAUAGCCAGGCUCAGAUUCAGUCUCCCACUCAGCCGCAGCCUGUUUUCGGCGUUGUGAACGGCACAGGUCUGACCAAAACAAACACUCAGUUUGUGAACACCAAAGUUGAAACUUUCAAAACUCUUCCAAAGACUCAAGUAGAUUCUGGGUCAACUGGAAACAGUGGCACUGCAGACAUCACCAUAAAGGAGGCUGUGGAGUAUCUGUCCAACAGUGAUGAGACAUAUCAGCACUGCGGCGCAUCCUUCAUACAGCACAAUACUUUCAUUGAUGACAAGGCCAAAGACGAGGUAUUAAAGCUGAGUGGGAUCCCUCCUCUGGUGGGUCUUCUGCGCAGUCCCAGUGUUCAAGUGAACCAGACGGCCUCGGCUGCUCUGCGUAACCUGUCCUUUAAAAGCAACCCUAACAAGGAGGAGAUGCAUCGCUGCGGCGGCAUCACCGAGGCCGUGGCUCUGCUCAGAGAGACCGACUCUGUGGAGAUACAGAAACAGCUGACAGGUCUCCUGUGGAAUCUGUCCUCCGUGGACAGCCUGAAGCCAGACCUGCUGAAGAGCGCUCUGCCGGUUUUGAUGGAGCGCGUGAUCCUGCCUUACACAACAGGUCCUGACCAGUCCAACAGUGACCCCGAGGUCUUCUAUCACGCCACCGCAUGUCUAAGAAACAUCAGCAGUGCAAAGCAAAACAACCGACAGGCGAUGAGAAAAUGUCGAGGUUUGGUCGACUCUUUGGUCAGUUAUGUAGGAGACUGUGUGGACGCAGGAAGGCCGGAUGAUAAGUCUCUAGAAAACUGCGUGUGCAUCCUGCACAACCUGACGUUCCAGCUGGAGGACGAGGCUCCGGCUCUUUUCAGCAGGCUCACAGCUUUGGCCAAAAAUGUGAACAGGAGCCAGUCAAUGGGCGACAGCAGCCCCAUCGGCUGCUUCAGUCCGCAGAGCAAAUCACCAGAACAAGAGCGCCACUUUGACUUCCCAGUCGUUGAGGAGCCACAGCCGAACGGAGCGGGUUGGCUGAUUCACUCCCAAACCCUGCAGAGUUACCUGUCUUUGCUCGCCACCAGCCAGCAAGAAGAAACCCAAGAAGCCUGCUGUGGAGCGAUGCAGAACCUCACCACUCAGGAGGGCAUUGUCUCCAGUGUAAUGAGCCAGAUCAUUGUACAGAAGCUAAAUGGCCUGAAAGUUAUCAGUCCCCUUUUAAAGUCAAACAAAGUCAACCUGCAGAGGAAUGCAGUGGCUUUGGUAGGAAACCUGACCAAGAACCCAAACCUGAAGAAUACCCUCGCUCGUAAAGCCCUCCCAGAGCUGCUGAGCAUCGUCAACGGCGGCACCAAGGGAGGGAACGAGUCUGACGAUACAUUAUCCAUGGCCUGCCGGACCGCCAACUACCUGCUUAUGAAGGAUCCUGAGAUGGGCAAGCACCUGUUAAACCACAAGCUGAUAAAGUCACUGAAUGAAAUCAGCCAAAACGAAUAUUUUCCAAAGUCCAAAAAAGCUGCAGCUCUGCUCCUCUACAACCUCUGGUCAGAAAAAGAUUUGCAAAGCUUCCUGAAGAAGCAAGGGAUGACUAAGGCCUCAUUUGUGAACGACAUUACCACAGCGGCACAAAAGUCAAUUCAAAUAGUGGAUUAACUCUGCAGCCCAAACCCAUCUCUGAAAGUCCUCCUCUGCCAAAACUCACCUGCAAGUCCUCUGCACAUCCACGAGGAUGGUAACGCUCCAAAGGCUAAGCAGCAUCCUUUUUCAUUUCACAAAGACUUACAGAUUUUCUAACAUAUAAUAACCAUAUAAUCAUUCCAUCAUCUUAAACUAACAAACAGAAGCACUGUAGGAAAAUUGGGUGAAGGUUGAUAUGUAACAUGUUAGCAACCAGAUGCAAACUUUAAUAACCUUUUUUUUUUGUUUGUUUUUACUGCUGUCAGAUGUCUUUAAAUAUAAAUACUGGGUCUGUUCCUCUCUGGUUCCAUGCACAUGCUUUAAAAGUUUAGGGUUAAGAUUUUAUUUUGCACUAAAAUCCCUGUUUGUUAUA